AUGCCAUCUCGUAAGCGCAUUGCAAUGGCUUAUAUAUAUUAUUCUCCACCUCCACCAACUAUGCCGUCUAAUGAUCCGAAACCGCCACCUCCUGCGGUGACAGUUCCUAUAACUCCACCCCCAAGUUUAACACCUCCGGGUGGUGGUGGUGGUAGUAAUGAUACGCCGCCUGCAAACCCUCCUAAUCAACAAGGUGGAAAAAUCCCACCCUCACCACCAACAUUGCCACCACAACUAUUUCCUCCACCGCCUCCCUCAAGUUCAAAUUCUGGAUCAGUCUCUGCUCCUCCUCCUGGUGGUCCCGUCAACCAAACAUCAACAUCUCCUCCGCCAGGUCCUCCACCACCAACACAAACUCCGAGUUCACCACCAAACACUUCUAAAAGUCCUAUUUCACCACCACAAACUCCGAGUUCACCACCACACAAUUCCAAGAUUUCACCUCCACCAACUUCUUCACCAUCGAAUGCCUCGCAAUCCCCAUCGUCGUCACCAGGAACACCAUCUUCUAUACCACCACAAAACUCACAAUCACCGAAGUUAGCACCUUCAUCACCUCCUUCAGAAGGAAGUAAAGUCCCUUCACUCUCUCCAUCAACCCCUUACUCAAAACUAAGUCCACCUCCUUCAGCAUUAACACCACUUGCCACGCCGACUUUUCCUUCAAGUACCUUUCCUCCUCCACCAUCAAGUAAUAGUAUUGACGUUGCCCCACCAUCAGGGGGAGGUGGAAAACACACAACAGUUAUUGCGGUAGGUGUAUCCAUCGGGGGCCUCUUCUUUCUAGCAUUUGCUAUUGUUCUCUUUUGCUUGUAUAAGAAGAAAAAGAAGCGCGUCAUGGUUCCAGCUGCAGCUUCUUGUUGA